GUGUGUGUGUGUGUGUGUGUGUGUGUGUGUGUGUGUGUGUGUGUGUGUGUGUGUGUGUGUGUGUGUGUGUGUGUGUGUGUGCACCAAAUGAGAGAGAAGCCGCCUGUUACCAGGCAGGGCCAGCCAAUGUCUCAGGGGAAAUGCAGAGGGAGUGCCUCAAAAACAGACGCGAGGGCAAGAAAUGACAAGACGCAGACGCACACACAAAACAAAAAAACUGGGAAACACGCGGAGCACAGCGACCUUGCGAGCCACGUGCUGCCCAGAGACAACUACAACGAAAGCAGCGCGCAGCAACAGCUUCAGCUCCACCCGCCCAUCGCUUGCCGACCAAUGGUUCCAGCUCCCUGUGUGCACCUGGCAUGACUCCCUGCUGGUUCCGGCUCGCCAUGUUUUGGUCAGGGGUUUAAUGUUUAAGAUCUUCUUCAGCACAAGGACCCGGGCUCAACUGCAAUUAAGGUGGUUGCGUGGUGUCCGUCCGGUGCUGGACUAUUAUGCUCCAGCUGGAAGGCACCAAGUGCAGUUUCCUGUUCUGCCUGGGAAUCUGCAUGUUCAUCUGCUCUGUGAUCUACCUGAGUACCAAGGCCCCUACAGAUCCCCAGGCUCAGCACGGGCCCUUGGGCUGCAGGCCCUUCUCCCAGUACUGCCAAGCCUUCCUCCCCAGCACUGAUGGCUCUCCAGCAUGGCAACGCCACGACUGCCAGGUAGAGAGCUAUCUUCUGGCUAUGGGGGGUGUAGGUGGGGACCUGGACUGCUCCCGCCUGGUGAGGGAGCUCCACUUCAUCACCAGCCCGCUGAGUCGCGAGGAGGAAGACUACCCUAUAGCCUUCAUCCUCACCGUCCACAAGGAGCUGGAGCUGCUUGUGCGCCUGCUGAGGGCCAUCUACGCACCCCAGAAUGUCUACUGUAUCCAUGUGGACGUCAAGGCUCCGCAGGAGUACAGUGCAGCUGUGGAUAGCCUGGUGGGCUGCUUCCCCAACGUGUUCCUGGUCAGCCGCAGCGAGAUGGUGACCUACGCCGGCUACUCGCGGCUACAGGCUGACAUCAACUGUAUGAGGGACCUGGUGGCAUCUCCGGUGCCCUGGAGGAAGGUGGUCAACCUGUGCGGCCAGGACUUCCCCGUCAAAAGCAACCUGGAGCUGGUGCGCUACAUGCAGAGCAAGAAGUGGAGGGACAGGAACAUGACCCCGGGCAUCAAGCAGCCGGCAUCCAUGAGGCACCGGACUCAGCUGAGGUACAGGGAGAUCAGGGGCUUCCUUGUGGCCCCCAAGCGAGGAGCACCAAAGAAGGGUGCUCCACCCCAUGGGGUGCAGAUUUACUUUGGAACAGCCUACUACGCGCUAACGAGGACCUUUGUGGAGUUUGUACUGAGAAGUCAGGUGUCCAGGGACUUGCUGGAGUGGUCCAAAGACACAUUCAGCCCAGAUGAGCACUACUGGGUGACACUCAAUCACAUCAAAGAAGCGCCAGGAAGUCAUGUAGACGGAGGUUGGAGCGGCGAGAUCCGGGCAAUAAAAUGGAGGGACCAAGAGGGGAUGGAACACAAUGGAUGCAAAGGUCGUUAUGUCAGGGACAUCUGCAUCUACGGUCUGGAGGAUUUGCAGUGGAUCAUCAACAGAAACAGCAUGUUUGCCAACAAGUUUGAGAGCAAGACCUUCCCAGAUGCUUUGGACUGCCUGGAGCAGUGGCACAGGGAAAAGGUCCUGCAGCAAGCCACGGUUCCCAUUCAGUCAUGGUGGCAACUUGCCACGCAAGGCAACAAAACCGGUCUUUUCAACGCCACAGUGGGACUUUGACGAGUCCGUGGGGUUUCUCCUGACCGGAAUGUACAUCUCCAAUAGACUUGUUGGUUAAUGAAUCGCUUUAGAGGGCUGUACUAAAGUGUGCUGCUAGGGUGUGCUGCUUGCAAGCCCAAAUCUUGAAAAUGUCACUGCAUGGAUACGUAAUUAAAAGCUGAAUUCCUCUCCAAUCGUAGGAAACCGAAUGCGAGGUGACCAGACAAGACUUGUUAUUGACAUAUCUCGGUUGUCCUGAAAUGCUUUUUGAUUUAAAAAAAAUGUAAAACUUGGUGUAUCACUAAAGCCACAUGUCUGAAUAGUUUCUGCAUAUAUUAUGACAACAUUGUGAACAUUUUGUUAGUUUUUUCGGCUGUUUGAGCACACAACAUUUUUUAUUGAGUCAAAUCAAAGGACAGUAGCCGAAGUCUACGCCCAUUUGUCAGUGAUUGGUCUACAGUACUACUCCUACUAGGAGCGGGAAUAGGGCUGGGCGAUAUGGACAAAAUAUCAUAUUACAAUGUUUUUGACGGUAUUUUUUUCUAUAUAUGCUUUAUGAGUAGUUCUAGGAUGGCUUCAGUGGUGGUUCUCUCUAUUUUUUAUUAUUAUUAUUAUUUAAUUUUACCUUUAUUUAACCAGGCAAGUCAGUUAAGAACAUAUUCUUAUUUUCAAUGACGGCCUGGGAACAGUGGGUUAACUGCCUGUUCAGGGGCAGAACG